UCAUCAUCCAUCGUUGACCAUUUGAGAUUUGACCCUCCAAGUGCUUGCGAGAAGGAAAGGAAGAAACCAAAACAAACAACCUAUCCACUACGCUUCCCUUUGAGAACCAACGAACAUACUCAUAAUAUUUAUACCAUCCAUUCGUCCAUAACAACAACAAAAGCAAUGAAGCAGUGACGCUUCCUCUUCUUAUGCCCUCUCUCUCCCACCCCUCUCAUUUCUCACCCCUUCAUCUCUCCAUUUUCUUCUAUUCUUCUUCUUCUUCUUAUUAUUACUGUUACACACAUCACAGUUGGGCAAUUUCCCUGAAGAAGAAGGAGAAAACCCUAAAAGUUUUGCUGGCUUUGGAUCCAUCAAGGGGCGCCCCGGAUCUUCAAUCCUCUGAAUCAUUCCGAAAUUCUAAGCCUUUUCAUUUUUGGCGAAGUGGGUCGUUGUAAGAUACGUCGUUUCUGAUCUGGGUUUGAUUCAAUUGGGGGUUUCUAGGGUUGUGAUUGAAAUGGUCUAUUUCCACAGCUCAAUCUCUCUCUGCAACUCCUCUCUUGGCCAACCCAUGGCGAAUUCCCUCGAUUUCGGCUCGAAAUCGAGGCACCGGAAAACCCCAAACUCCCCUCAGGCUACGCCCUGCCGACGAUCCCGGUCGGCGGUGGUGGACGUUGUGAUUUUCGUGGCGGUUAUCGCGGCUUUUGGGUUCUUGCUGUUCCCCUACGCUCAAAUUGUGGCGAGUGAGAGUGUCAAAAUUGGUGUUGUGAUCGUGGAUUUGGUCAAAGAGGAGGUUUCUGUUGCCCCGUGGGUUUACAUGUUCAUUGGUGUUAGUGUUACGUUUGCUGCAUUGACCACUUGGGUUCUUGUGGCUUGCACCACAAGGAAGUGUGGGAACCCUGAUUGCAAGGGUCUGAGGAAGGCUGCAGAGUUUGACAUUCAAUUGGAGACUGAGGAUUGUGUGAAGAAUUCACCUUCAUUGACUAAGGAUAGUGGGGUUAAGAAGGGGUUGUUUAAGCUUCCUUGUGAUCACCACCGCGAACUUGAGGCCGAGCUCAAGAAGAUGGCACCUCCCAAUGGAAGGGCUGUCCUUGUCCUCAGAGGAAGGUGUGGCUGUUCUGUUGGUAGGUUGGAGGUUCCGGGACCGAAGAAGAAUCGAAAGAGCAAGAAGUAGAUACAGAAAAGGGAAAACAAAAAGUCUAAUAGGAAGGAGAGGAUAAUUGGAUACAGUAUGUUAGUCCUAAAUGGGCAGAGGAGUUGGUUAUAGUUAUCUGAUCAUAUUCUAUUUAGAAUUAGGUUGUCUUUUGAAUAAGCCCCUCUACCUUGGCAAUAAGUUGUAAGGAACUAUGGAUCAUACACAGUUUGGUUAUUUAUACCUGAGAAUAUAAGAAUCCUUUGAUUUUAAUUGAA